AUGCGCCGUGUAUCGGUAGUCUACAAUCUGGACAGCCCCACGGUGCGACUUCGUGAGAUGAUCUUGAAGGUGGAACAAUUGGCACAACAGUGUCCAUGUGGAAAAUCCUUGUGGGGUCCCGCAACAUACACUUUCUGCCCUACCCCACCAAAAAUUUCUUCCCCCCCAUAUUCUCAAACCUUUGUGUAUUAUCCUGGUAACCACGAUACCUGUGCACUACCUGUGCACUACCGGACCCUUGAGCAUAUUCGUUUUCUGUCCAUACGAGCUGACAGUAUCGAAAUGCCCCAGGCCCAAGUCAUCGCUCUCAUCGUUAUCCUGUUAAUCGUGUUCGGGUGUCUAGCUGGCUAUGCCAUCUACAAACUGCGGUUCUUAUUGAGGUCGUCAGCAGCAAUGUCAGAAGAUUCAGACUGA